CAAUUUGCCAAAAUAUAUCUAUAUAUCUCAAAUCGGCUGCCAUUGCAAAGCUAUCGUCUGCGGCUAAGAGACUUUUUUUGGGACGUGAUUUAGUGCUUAAAUACUGUGAAAAGGACACUAAAAGUGGUGUAAAGGGUGAGAAAAGGUGUCCAAAGAGACAAUCACAAGUGCAGAAUUGGACAAAGUGUUAAAUUGUGCCGUGAAAACUUGUGGAAAAAUUCAUCGCAAAUGUCAGCAGGCGUGUCAGAUCAGCGAAUGAAAGGACAAGGAAAUCAAGAUCAUUGCGAUGAAUAUGAGUCAUGGAGACAACAACCGGCAAAUUAUGUACCAACGGAUCAACAUAAUGCAGGAGCUCAAUUCCAAUAUCCACCAUUUGGCGUAAGCGAUGGCACCUGGUCGAGCGGAAAUGAGAAUUUAGCAAUUCUAGGCGGAUACUCAGCGCAUGAUAACUAUGGCGUCGACAUGUUUGGUCCGUCCUUUGGACAACAAUCCUCCUACAACUACUUCCCUGGAAAUGGCGGGGAUUACAAUACGUGGGGUACACAGCAGGUUAAUGCCAAUCCGGGAGGGCCACAGCAGCAACAACAGCAACAACAACAGCAGCAGCAACAGCAUCAACGCAAAGGUUUGCAACACUAUGAUGACUAUUACAGAGACCAGGGUGUCUAUCCCCAUGAUGGCAUCAAGGCAAUGGAGCAGGGUAUGCAGGGAUUGGGCCUCGAGAUGGGUGGAAACACCCAACAGCAACAGCAGCAGCAGCAUCAUCAUGAGAAAGAGACGACGUCAAAUAGUGUCAAUUCCAAGGCUACCCACCACGAUCACCAUCCGCAUCCGCCGAAAGAAAGUAUCCCCAAAAAGAUGACAUGGGCCUCAGUGGCUUCGCAGCCCGCCAAACCACAGGUGAACACAACCACGUCAACGGUGAAGAAGAAGGGACCCGGAAUGCCACCACCACCGAUGGUGCCGGGUAAGCACAAUCUCGACAUUGGGACAUGGGACUCGCCAUCGAAGAAUGGACCGAUGAUGGUUCCGCCCCCAGUGGUCACUGCGCCACCGCCACCAGUUGCCCCGUCGCCCCUGGUGAACAAUCAAAAGGCCUCGGGUCAGCAUCAACCAGCACCCAGCACUUCCAACAAUCAUCCGGGCAUGGGACAGCCGCAGCAGCAGCAGCAGAAUCCCCAGCAGAUGCAUCAUCAGGGGCCGCCACAGCAGCAGCCACAGCAUCAGCAGCAACAGCAGCAGCAGCAGCAGCAGCAACAACAACAACAACAUGGGCCAAGUGAUGGACCAAAUACAAAUCAAAAUAUGCGCCCAGCCUGGCCAGGACCCAAUCGUCCCAUGCAGGGUCAUCCCAACAUGAGUAUGCCACCACCUCAUCAGAGAUCCAUGGGACACGGUGGGCAAGGACCACCGAUUAUGAUGUCGGGAGGAUAUCAAGGACCACCACCGAGUCAUCAGCAAGGGAUGCCACCACCGCAAGGCAAAAUGCCACCAUCGCCAUCAGGAAUGUCAGCCAGCAACAUGCCCAAUCCGAAUGUUCUUGAGCAGUUGCGUGAUAAGAAUAACUACAAUCCGCUGGAGCUGGACCUCGAUAAAGUUGCACUGGCGAGAUUUUUCGUGAUUAAAUCCUACUCGGAGGACGAUAUACAUCGUAGUAUUAAAUAUGAAAUCUGGUGCUCCACUGAACAUGGCAAUAAGAGACUCGAUCAGGCGUUUCGUGAGCGUGAACGUGAAGGUGGUAUAGUGUUUCUUUUCUUUUCCGUGAAUGGUUCUGGGCACUUUUGUGGCAUGGCCCAAAUGAUAAGUUGUGUGGAUUACAAUUCAAAUUCGAGUGUUUGGUCGCAGGACAAGUGGAAGGGUACAUUCAAAGUGAAGUGGGUGUAUGUUAAGGAUGUGCCCAAUAUGCAAUUGAGGCAUAUCUGUUUGGAGAACAAUGAAAAUAAAUCUGUGACAAAUUCGCGUGAUACACAAGAAGUUCCACAUGCCAAAGGACUUCAAGUAUACAAAAUUAUUCAUGCGUACAAACACACAACGUCAAUUUUUGAUGAUUUCAUCCACUAUGAGAAGCGCCAGGAGGAGGAGGAUUCGCGCAAACAUCUUGAACCACCUCCGCCAAGUCAUCAUUCGUAUGAUCGACACUUUGGCAAUCACAAUAGUCCAUACGAUAAGUCACACCAUGGAUAUGAACGUGGUGGUGGAGGCUACAAUAAACCACCAAUGAAGAACUACAAUAGAGGUGGCGGAUACGAUGGAAAGCACCAGCAACAAUACAACAGUUACGACAAUCGUCGUCCACCGCCACUCAAAGAUCACUAUGACGGCGGGUAUCAUCCCCGUGAUCAAGGACCAUCAGACUAUAACAAUGGUCGCAACAACAAUCGUGAGCCGCGUCCGAUGGAACGCCACGAUGGUGCUGGCGGCUACAAUAAUCGUGAAGGCGACGGUGGACGCGGAAUGGGCCAUAGAAACUAUCAUAGGAGUGGACGCGGUUCCGGAGGUGGAAACAGAGGACAUCGCAAUUAAAGCGUUUUCUUGGCUCUUUCUUUUGCCAAAUACGAUUGCAACAGCAAAAAAAAAAAGAUUUGAAUUGAGUGUUUUUUUCUUUCGCCUAAAAAAAAAACAAGCAACAGCAUCAAUUGGAGAGAGAUAAUCACCGCGAAGAACUGUAUUAAGAGAAAAUCACCUAAUAAAAAAAAGUGAAUUAAAAAAAAAAAACAUUUUGAGAGAACUAUUGACAAAAGAAUGUUUCCUAUAAAAAGUAACAAGUUUAAAAAAAAUCAAUAAUUGCAUCAAUAACUAGUAAAAACAAAAGAAGCAUAAAAACUAAUUCUCAGUGUCCUUCUCAAAAUAUGAUGAACAUAAUAGAUGGAAUAUUGCUCUCAGUACUAAGAACUGAUGUUGUGUAACUUUUUGUCCAAUUCAACGAUGUUUUAUCAAAAAAAUAUGAAAAAAAAACUUAGUCAUAAAGUGCGUCGUGGGAGCAAAGUUAAAUUAAAAAAAAAAGAAGAAAAAUGUGAAAAAAAAUCGCGUGUGACAAAAUCAAAUGCUAACAGGGGACAUGUUUUUAAAUAAAAAGGAGCAACUCUAAUCGAAAUAAUUGUGCAAGUGAAAGAAAAAUUUCGUUGGUUUCCUAAUAGCUGAUAAAUAAUAAUAAUAAAAAAAAUGAGUUCAAUAGUUGUGCAAGAAUUCAAAACUUUUUUAACAUUUCAAACCUACAGCAUAAAAAAAAGAUGAACGCUGAAUUUUUGAAAAGGAGACUUCAAAGUGAAUUUGUUGAGUGUAGUAAUUGAAGGAAAAAAAAACAAAAAAAAGGAAAUGUGUUGGAAUUUUUCUUCCUUUUCGCAAGACAGUGUUUGUAUAUUUCAGGACUUCAACACGUUUAUAGUAACAACAAAAAAAGAACCACGCAACUCGCCGACAGGAGCAACAAAAAUUCUUCUCUUCGUUUUAUACAAAAAAAAUAAAAGAAAUACAAGAAAUGAAAAUCAAUCUUAAAGUUAAGUCUUAAAAUAAUGUCAUGAAGUAAACAAUUUAUUUUGUACGUACAAUUAAGUCUGGUUAGAAAUAAAAGAAAAAAAACAAGAAUGAUUAAAAAUAUAUUCUCUGUGAAUGAGAUUGAAAAAAAGAAAUGAUUGUACACUCUAAGAAUUUUUAAUGUUUAAGAAAAAGUGAAUAGAAUGACGAAAAAUUGGUCAGUCAUUUGAAAAAAUAAAAAAAAGAAUUUAUGCACUCUUGUAAUUCUUUGCUAGAAAGGGGCUUUUUCACUAAAAUCUAUUUAAAAAUUCGGUUUCAUGAAACUUUUAAAUUUUUUUACUAAUUGCGUGCAACUACACAGGGCUCUCCGAUCAUCUGCUAAUUGGGAUCAAAAAUGACAGAAAAACAUGUGAAAAAUCUGCGCCAUUCCAUAGAAAAAUCCUCAAGAUGUGUCAUCAUUUCCUCAUCGAAAAAUUCUCCAUCGGGUACUUAGGGAAAAGUAGGGGGAGGCUAAAUAAAAAAAAUACUGAAUUGGCAUGUAACGCAACUUCCUAGGGAAUCUUCCCCAUCUCGGGGGAGAAAAUUCCUCCAGGAUCUCCUUGAGAAAUCCCCAGUAAUAUGGCACAGAAAAACGAGGAUUUUUCUUAAGGAAAUCCCGGGUAACUUUCCCAGAAUGGUGAGGAAACUGAGAGAUUUUACCUAGGGAUAUAUUCGUUCCCCUGAAAAAGUGAGAGGUCGGAAAAACUAGGAGACUUCUCAAAAAAUCCCUGGGAAUUCUUUGGGAAAGAUCGAGAAACUUAAGGAUAAUUCUCAGGAAAAUCCUUGGGAAAACCAUAAAGAAAUCCCCACAUUUUUUCCUUUUUGAUUUUUUUCCUUUAUUAUUUCUUGAUCGAGAAACUUAAGGAUAAUUCUCAGGAAAAUUCUUGGGAAAACCAUAAAGAAAUCCCCACAUUUUUUCCUUUACUUUUUGAUUUUUUUCCUUUAUUGUUUCUUGAUCGAGAAACUUAAGGAUAAUUCUCAGGAAAAUUCUUGGGAAAACCAUAAAGAAAUCCCCACAUUUUUUCCUUUACUUUUUGAUUUAUUUCUUAUCUCUGUUACUUCUUUUUCUUUUGGGUCUCAUCAAUUUUUUGCCUUUUUUCUACCUUAUCCUUUUUGUUACUCAUUUGAUGACUCGUGUUAUGGUGCUCCCUUACAUGGCUGCUUGAAUUCCCCUAUUCAUUUAUGAAAUAUUCGAUAUACUUUAUGAGCUUUGCAACCAGAAAACCAUCUCGCCCGAAGUAUAAGCUUAACUUUUACAUAAUUUCUCCCAGGAUUUCCCCUGAACUCGCCAAGGAAUUUUCAUGUAUCUCCGGAAGGCAUUUUCGUCUUACGGGGAGAAUUUUCCCCUAUAUUUCCCUGGGAAUUCUUCGAGAAUGGUCUGGAAAAUUCAAAAACCUUUCCCCGGGAAAUUAGUAGAAAUCCUCUAGGAAUAGCCAGGGUAUUUUCACAAACACUACGUCAAAACAACGUCUGAUGUUUUUUAGAGGAAAGGUUAUUCUACAAUUUGGGGUUAUGUUUGACUUAAGCUCAAAGAAAAAGGUUAUCUCAUAAUUGUAAAUUUCCAAAUUAAAUGUAAAAUUUUGUCUUAUGAGGGUCCUUCCCCCCAUUUUUUUCUUUGUUAUGGCUAUUAAUCACACAUUCUUCCACGUUUCAAGGAAAUUCUAUCAACCAAAUAUAUCUUGAAUUUUUUAGGUUAGGUUAAAAAUUGCUUAAGUUUUUUUGAGUUAGCCUAUUAGACAAAUAAGAAAAUGAUACCGUUUAACAUAAUUCCUAAAAUGAAACAGAUUUUGGUAUCCCAGAAGUUACGGUACACAAUAAUUCAUAGGUUUGUAGGGCUCCUAACCUCAAAAGAAAUACAUAACCUUUGAAGUGAAAAGAAAUGGAUAUGGCUAAAACAGGUGGCCACCAAAGAAUCCCAAAAUCCUGAAAGGGUGUCAAAAUACUGAUAGUCAUAAUCUUGAAUAGUUAAAAUCCUGAAAGUAUUGCGAGAGUAACAAUGACACUUUUACCGGUUCCGAAUUUUGAUCUUCAGGAUUUUGGCUUUUGAGAUUUUAAGCGGGAUCCGUGUGAAAUAUCCAGUUGGUAAGCGAAAAAUAUAAUUGGAAGGUUUGAAACAAUUUUCAAUGUACCAAAAAUAUUUAAAUGUCAAGUAUAUUUUGAUACUUAGCCUUAUUCUCUUAUUUGAACUCUUAAAUUGUGGUUUGUCUAACCUCAAAAAAUUCCAAUAUAUUAUUUGAAUACUUUUUCAAAUCUUGCUUAUUUUAGAAUUCAAGAGUUUUAAGAGACAAAUCAAUUUUGUACGUUUUAUACAGUAGACUCUCUCUCAAUCGGGCAUAUGGGGCAAAAUGUCAUCCAUAUCGAGAGAUUUGAACUUUAAAAUCAUUGUAAAUUCCACAAAAAAUGUUCAUUUAUAAAGAAUCAUGAUAAAAUAGGAAGAACUACAGCGAAUUUGAGCAAAUUACCUUCAUAAUUAAACGUGAAAAUUGUCAAAAAAAUUUUGCACCCGAUUGAAAAAGAGCCGAUUGAGCGAGAGGAUACUGUACAUUUUUUAAAGAUCUUCUUUUAAAUAAAAAUGUCAUAACCUCAAACAGCUUUAUAGAGGUUGGAACACUCCUGAAACUAUAAUGAUUGAGUUGUCUCUCACAUAAUCAAAAUGAAUUUUCUAAGCUAAUUUAGGAUAUUUUAUGUACCAAAUAUCGCCUUACUUUUGAGAUAAUAUAAUACAAUACACAUCUAAAAGUAACCUUUUUGAAUAGUAAAAUAAAACAGUCUAAUCGGGAAAAGAAAUUAAAAAUUUAUAAUAUUUUUCCUUUUUAGAAUUCAAGAAACAUUUCAGAAACGUACUUUCUACAAAAAAGGUACUCAAUUUAAUAAAAAUGCUGUUUUGGAUAUGUUUUCUCGUGUAUCUUGGAUAAAUCAUUCAUCAAAAUAGAUAGAUUUUUAUUCCCAAUGCUCUGAUUCCUCCUUGGAUACGACAGCCUUUAUCUUACCAAUACGGGCCUCUCUGAAUAAAUCACACAAAAUCUCUUUUAUAUACUUUCAGUGUUAUUCAUACGAACUAGUUGAUUUCUGAAUACAAUUUUACUAAAUUCUUCUUAUUUAUUACGGCCAGGAAGAAGAAAAAGAGCCACAAUUCGUUUAAAAGGCACAAUGCAACCAAAAAAUUAAAAUAUUUCUGGAUUUUUAGAGCUUAAUAUAGCACAACAAUUAAUUUUUCUAUAGGUCCACAGAUUAAUUGGGAAAAUUUUAGGUUAUGUUAGGCUUAACCUCAAAAAAUUCAGAACAGAUUCUUUUAGUCCACCGAAGUAACUAGCAAAAGAAUUUUCAAUCAAUAAUUUAUCCGUGACAAAAAAAAAUUAUAAAAUGUUUUUUAAUUUAUAUUUUAAGUCUUAUCAAAUUCUAACCUCGUCAGAAUAUAAAAUCAUCGCCAUAAAAAACUGUUUCCGUAAAAUUUAGCAAGUUCUAAAAUGAAAUACCUAACGAUUUUUAAUUAGUUGUAGGAAAAAAAAACCCAUGUUGCAUUGGAGAUGGAGAUUUUCUUUUAUGAAAUAACCUUUUUAUGUAGUCCGAUCAUUCAUAACCUUAUAUUUUAGAUUAAUCUUAUUACAGCAGAAAACAAUCAGGGUAUGAAUUCUGAGAUACGUGAGUUUUUCACGUGAGUAACUCACGGCUUUUUACGGCGUUAUCACACUUGCACAUUAAAAUUUUAAUGUGAUUCAUAUUAAUUGUCGCUUGUGAGCGUCCAAAUUUGUUAUUUGUGUCUUUGAGUCACUUAAUAUUUGGGGUUAUUCUAUUUAUUGAUAAAGAAGUGGACUUGGCAUGGAAAAAAUAAGUUUUAAUUUACCUAAAGCAUAAAUAUUUUUCACAUUAAAAAAAUUAAAGAAGAAAUCGCAUUAAUUUUUCGCAUUAAUGCUAUAAAUCAAAUUAGAUCAUAUUUUGCGGGCCAAGUCUACCUUUUUAUCAACAAAUAGAUCAAAUUUUGAAUAUAAAAUGAUUCAAACACACAAAUUACACAUUUGGACUCAUCAGCGACAAUUAAUGUGAAUCAUAUUAAAAUUUUAAUGUGCAAGUGUGAUAACACAGUUAGAUCGUCUUUUGUAAGAGUUUCAUUAAGUUUUCAUGUGAACUGUCAUGAGAAACACUUACAGUACAGAAUGCACAGUAAAGUUUUUACGAAAGCUUCACAAGGCGCUAACUAAAGGUGGUUUCAGAGCCGUGAAUUUCUCACGUGAAUAACUCACGCAUCUCAGAAUUCAUAACCAGGCCAAUAAUCUAAACCUUUUAUGAUCCGUAUAAUUGACUAAACAAGGAAACAAAGCUGACUUUAAAAUUUCAGAGUGAUUCCUUUUAGGUUAUGUAAUUUUGAGGUUAUUUUUAACAUAACCUCACAAUUGUAAUAUAAUCCUUAUUGUCUUCAAGAGAAUAUUUUCUUUGUUGCACGCAACGUAUCUUUUUAAACUUUAUUGGAUUAUUCUUGAUUUUUACCGAAGGUUUUGCUGCAAAAUCCCCCUUAAAGACCACAAAAAUCGCUACGAUGAGAAGGAAAAAAACCGAAAAGAAGUUUUAAGAAAAAAAAACAUUGUCAAAAUUAUCUUUAAAAGAGUAAUUUAAACUUAAAGUUAAAUAUCUAAUUAAAAAAAUUAUCAUGUCCAUUUCAUAUUAAAAAAUUAAAAUAAUAUAAAAAUAUUAAAAAAAAAAUUUGUCCUCGAAUGGACAAAAAUAUUGUGAAAUACUAAAAUUUGUUCAUUUAAAAAAAAACUUUUUGCAUUGAGACUGCAAAGGAAGAUUGAUAAAAUACAAAGUGUAUAAUUUUUGUAAAUUAUUUGCAAGGAAAAAAAACAAAAAAUAAAGAAUAUGAAUAGAGUUAUUGCUUGUAAAAUUGAAAUAAAAAUGAGACGAUAAAAGAAUACACAGAUAAACAAUAAGUACAAAUUUGUUGAAAAAAAAAGAAAUCCCAAGUAAAGAAUAACUCCAAUAGAACCAUUAUUUUUUUUCUAAAUAGACAUUAUGGGAACCUUUUUCUUUAGUUUCGUUUUUUAGAAAUGAAACAUUUUAAGUAAAUCGUUACAAAUCGAAAUUUUCUAAAUAGAUCCCAAAUAUCUUCAUUUUUUAAAUAGAAAAGAGAAAGGAAAGUUUAAGAAACAGAAAGAUGGUUAGAGAGUGCAAAUUAUAGAAAAGGAAAGUUAAUAAAAAAAGAAAACGGAAAAUAUGUUUGUGGCCUUUGAUUUACUCAACAAAUAGAUUCAAUUUGCAAAUUGAUCACGAUCUAGUUCUUUUCUUAGAAAGAGUGGCAUUAGUGUCAAGAUGAGACAAAAAAAAAUCUAGAGAAAAAAACAAUAUUUGUGUAAAAAGAUUAAUAAGCUUGACAUCCCGUAUCAAUAUUAUUUUCUAAUUUAAUAAAAAAGAAGAGCUAAAAAGUAAUUUUUACACCUCUUAGAAAAUGCAAGUGAUUAGGCAUGUAUUUUUUAAACUAACAAUAUUUUUUCCUCAGUCUUCAAUAACAAUUUUAUGUAUUAGAAAAACACAGACAAUGUUUAUCUUAUAUGAAUUUUAGUUACUUAGAGAGAGAGAUGAAAAAGAAGCAUAGAAUAUUAUUAUGAAAACUUUGGACUAUAUUGCAAGAGAGGACUAAUAAAAAAAUGUGAAUUAUGAUUGUUUACACUAUAUUAUUGUAAAAUUGAGAAUGAUACAGCAGAGAAAAUUGAUUUAAAAGAAAUAUAUUGCAUAUGAUUUGAGAAACGAAUAACAAUUAUAAAGAGAAUUAAUCGAAGAAUGCAUAAAGAAAGAAAAUAUAAGCGAAAAGUAAGAAAUUAUAAA